AUGCGAGUUCAGUCGGGACUAAUAGUAAUCCUACUUGGAGUGAUCCUAAGCGAUCGUUUUGCAGCUGGAGAGGAUAAGGAUAAUAAAUCAUGGAUAUCCCAGCUGAGAAAGUUACGCGGCGACCUUCGAGACUGCUAUCAAUCGGGAGUAUCGCAAAGUCUGUGGUCAUGUUUCCGCUCAAGAAGCUUACACAUCUUCGAGGGCAUUAUGUCGUCGCCCGAGAUUUCCCUAUACGAUGGAGUGCGUCUGGUAAUGGCCCCGAAUAUCACGGCAAAUACCUCGAGGCACCAAGAUGAACGGAAGGAUCUGAAGCAUCUCACCUGGUUCGAUCAACUGGCCGUGAGUUUGGCCAAGGGUCUGACGACCCACACUUUGCAAGUGAACUUGGGAAAACUAACGGAGAGAUAUCUAAGUAGUGAGAGUUCUUCCAGCGAUCCUGUGGGCAGUGCCCGACUGAGAAGACAUCGUUAUAACAUGAUCAUCACCAUGAUGUUUGGAGUAACCGCCUUGGGUGCCAUUCUAGUGCCCAUGGGCUUCCAAAUGUUGUCUAUAGUCAGCGGAAAAGCUCUAUUACUGGCCAAGAUGGCCCUGCUUUUGGCCUCCAUUAACGGAUUAAAAAGGGUAGCCAACAAUGGAUUGCACUAUGGACUCUAUCAUGUUCCAGGAGAGCAUCUAGGAGGUUACUAUGAUAGAGGGGAUGUCAGUCAUCCCAGAAAUGUGCCCAUUCCCGUUGCUGUAGCUCCCACUUUGGAUAUGGGAUUAAAGUAA